CAGACUCCUAUUUAUUUACUUUAACCACCUUUAACCUAACCUAAAUUUAUUUUCGUUUAUUAAUGGUUUAUUAAUUAUUAACUAAUUUUGUAGUUUAGUUGAAAAACUUGUUCAUUUAUGAUCAAUUAUGCCUAAUUGGAAUCAAAUUCAGGCUCAACUAAGGCAUCCAGCUAAUCCUGUAGUAUUCUUUGAUGUAUCAGUAGGAACUACGGAAAUCGGUAGGAUGAUAUUUGAACUUUUUGCCGAUGUAGUUCCCAAAACCAGUGAAAAUUUUAGACAGUUUUGCACAGGAGAAUUUAGAAAAGAUGCAGUCCCUCUUGGUUAUAAAGGAGCUAGCUUUCACCGUGUUAUUAAAGAUUUUAUGAUACAAGGAGGUGAUUUUGUGAAUGGUGAUGGAACCGGUGUGAUGAGUAUAUAUGGAGGAAGUACAUUUGUUGAUGAAAACUUUAGUUUAAAACAUGAUACACCAGGACUUUUAUCCAUGGCAAAUAGUGGAAAAGACACAAAUGGUUGUCAGUUUUUUAUAACUUGUGCAAAAUGUAAUUUUCUAGAUGGAAAACAUGUUGUUUUUGGGAGAGUUAUUGAUGGACUUUUAGUUAUGAGAAAAAUUGAAAAUGUACCUACAGGGCCUAACAAUAAACCAAAAAUACCAGUUACUAUUGUACAGUGUGGACAAAUGUGAAUUUAAUAAAUUUAGUAUCCUAAUUACUUAAGAUAAGAUACAUUAGUUUUAUAUACAUAACAAUACAUCUUGGAUGGUAAAGUAAAAUAAUUUUGAUGAUAUUGUUCAAACAAUGCAUAUUUAUUAAGCUAAAUUCUAUUAAUCUUUGAGUAGUGGCACUGUUUUAACCUUUUAAUGAAUCAUUUAUUUUUAAG